AUGAAAUACCUUUUGGUUUCAUUUCUUAUUCUUCUUCACUUCACAUCUGUUAAAUCAGAGACGAAGGAACAGAAGAAGGGUCCGAUUGCUUCAACACCUUAUGGAGAUAUUGAAGGAUUUGUCUACAGAACUCAUAACGAUGUUGAUGUUAACGUCUUUCUCGGAGUGCGGUAUGGAAGAGCUCCGGACCAUAUACAUCGCUUCGAAAAGCCUGAAAUGGUAGAGAAAUGGAAUGGUUUGCUACAUCAUGCCAAAAGAUAUAAAGCAUCUUGUAUUCCUUUCCAUAGAGAUGCUCUCAUGAGAGAGAACUAUUCGGAAGACUGUCUCUUCUUGAACAUUGUAACUCCGAAGAACAUGAAUCCAGAAAAGAAAUACCCAGUCUUCGUAUUUGUUCAUGGAGGAGGCUAUGAAAUCGGUGAUACUGAGAUGAUCGGAUACAAAAACGCUUCUGCCAACUUUGUAACUAAAGAUAUAAUUUUUGUGUCUGUUCAAUACCGUUUGGGACCAUUAGGGUUCUUAACGACUGGGACAAAGGUUAACAAAGGAAACCUUGGCUUGUGGGAUCUUACUCUCUCUUUGCUUUUCCUUAAUGAGGUUAUUCCAUCUUUCGGAGGUGAUCCGAACCAAAUAACUUUAGGUGGACACUCAGCUGGAGCCGCUGCCGUAUCUGCUCUUAUGUUCUCUCCACAUUCUGACCAUUUGUUCAAUCAAGCUGUUGAAAUGUCUGGAUCCGUGUUUUGUGAAUUCUCAAUGAGUGAAUCAGUUGUAGAAGAGAGCAAAGCUCUGAUUGAUGCUGUUGGUUGUACAGAUGCAUCUGAAGAGAAGGUUCAUGACUGUUUGAAAGAGAGAACCGUCGAUGAGUUACUGGAUGGCGUGGAGAAAAUUGGAUCAAGCAGGCGUCACAUCAAUUUUAUUAAAUUCCAUCCACACUUCGACAACGAUUUCUUCUCAUUCUCUCCUGAUAAUAUGGCGCGAAAAGCCCCACCUAAAAAAACAAUGCAAGGAGUAACCAGCUUGGAAUCUGGCCUUUUCAGUGCUGUAUCUGGAAUCGAGUAUGUAGCUGAUUUGCUCAUAAAAGAGUCACGUUGGACGAACUUCACUCGGGAAGAAGUUUUAGAAUUCAUGACUAGCGCAGUUGCAACUGAAAAAGAGCACGGAAGGAAGAUGGGUCCAUUUCUGCAACUCGUAACUGAGUUCUACCUUGGAGAGGAAGAUGCUGAUAAAGAUUCCACUUUUUAUUUGCAAAAAUAUACUGAAUUACUGAGUGAUCUACAAUUCUUCAUUCCUUCCUACCACGAGAUUGAUUUGAAGCGAAUGUUAGGAUGGGAAACAUAUUACUAUGUUAUCGAUCAUAUAAGUGAUACCUUCAAUCAUAAAACUCCUCUGAAAGGCACUUUCCAUGGACAUGAACUCCGCUUUCUGCUUAGCUUCUUGGACACUGAACUUAUUCCAUUAUCAGAUAAUGAUAAGAAGUUUCAAGAUGCCUUCCUUGGUGCUUCAAUUAACUUUAUUAAAACUGGUAAUCCAUCAACGAAACAACUUAAAUGGCCCCCCGUAAGUAAGGAAGCUCCUAGUUUACACUUGCGUCUAAACGAAAACUCUUCCAUUCAAAAGUCUUUCAGAUCCGAGGCGAUCAAAUUGUGGUUGGAAGUAAUUCCGAAACAAAUAGGAACAGACAUAUUGAAACAGAACCGGUUACCAGCUGCUCAUGCUCAUACCAAACACACUGAGUUAUAA